UUCUUUUCCCCUGGGAUCUUCACAUUCUGGGCGCAAGUGCCGGCUGGCGUUGCUGCUGAAGGUCUUUACACAGACCCUUCUGCUGACCUUCGGAAAUAACAGGAUGGACACAAUGGUCAAACGCAGCCUGACACAUUGUCCUCAGGAUGCUUUCACGUUCCAAGACGUGGCCGUGAGCUUCACCCCAGAGGAGUGGAUGUGCCUGGAUGCCUUGCAGAGGAAGCUCUACAGGGAUGUGAUGUUGGAGACCUACCAGCACCUGCGGGCCGUGGCAGGGCAUUCCAGGGUGAAGCCUAGACUGAUAAACUGGUUGGAAGGAGAAAUCCUGAGGCCAGGGAAGAGAGGCGUGUGUGCAGAUCUCAAACCACUUCAGGAUGUGGCAUGGCUGCAAUUUGAUUUGGGAACAGGAUCACCAAAUACGAGUGAGCUGGGAAGCAGCCAGUCCCAGUGGAAUGUCUCCGACCUAGCACACAGGGUCAAAGUUUCAAGUGAGGAAUCAUGCCCUCAGCCCUAUGGGGAUGCCAGGAUCAUUGGGAUGUCUUCUGAGGGUGAUCAGAAUGGAGAGUGCUCCCUACCUCCAACGAAUCCCUCCCCUGGGAAAAGCUACUCCAAGUAUAUUUCACUCAAUCCAAGGACACAAAAACACCCAGUGCAACGGCCCCUGGAUUGUGAGAGAGGAGCACUGUUCAUAGAGAGUCCCUCACACCAACAGGCCCAUAAGCAAAGCCACCAUGAACAGAACCCAUCCAACUGUGAGGAGUGUGAGGUACGCUUCCCGUGUUCUAGGCACCAGGAGGUUCCUAUAGAAACCCACAAUGGACAGAAUUUCCAGGAAUGUCAACAGCAAAGAAAAACAUUGAGUCAAAUGUCACACUGGCUUGACCCUGUGAAUGUCCAUAGAGGAGAGAAGUUGGGUACUUGGAAAGAGUGCGGGCAGGCCUUCCAUCGUUCCUCACACCAUAUUAUAAAGAGGAGAGUUCAAACUGUAGAGAGACCGUAUGUAUGUAAAGAGGAUGGGAAGGCCUUGACCCAACCCUCAAGCCUCAGUAUACACAGGAACAUUCAUAGUGAAGAGAAACCUUACUUAUGCACCGACUGUGGAAAGUCCUUUCUUCACUGCUCAAGCUUUUCUGCGCAUAGGAAAACUCACGUGCGAGACAAAUCUUAUUCAUGUAAAUUCUGUGGGAAGGCUUUUGUCUAUUACUUGAGCUAUUUUAUGCACAAAAAAAUGCACAUUGAACGGAAAUCAUAUAUAUGUAAGAAAUGUGGGAAGACCUUUGCUCAUUACUAUAACUUUUUGCGUCAUGGGAAAAUUCAUACAGGACAGAAGCCAUAUAUAUGUGAGGUCUGUGGGAAAGCUUUCAGCUGCCCCUCAAACUUUUUUAGACAUAGGGAGAGUCAUAACAAAGAGAAACCUCAUGUCUGUAAAGAAUGCGGGAAGGCCUUUGCUCUAUUUGCUUACCUCUCUGCACACAGGAAACUUCAUACUGGAGAGAAACCGCAUAAAUGUGAGAUGUGUGGAAAGGCCUUUGUUCAGUCCUCAGCCCUGACUGUGCAUAGGAGAAUUCACACUGGAGAGAAGCCUUAUAUAUGUCAGGACUGUGGGAAGGCCUUUAUUAAUUCCUCAGAGCUCACUGUACAUAAAAGAAUUCACACUGGGGAGAAACCUUUUGUGUGUGAGGAAUGUGGGAAGGCAUAUCGUUAUUCCUCAGGCCUUCGUUGUCAUAGGAGACAUCAUACUGGAGAGAAACCUUAUGUAUGUGAGGAAUGUGGGAAGAGGUUUCCUUAUUCCUCAAGUCUCCGUAGUCAUAGGAAACUUCAUUCUGGAGUGAACCCUUAUGUUUGUAAGGAAUGUGGGAAGGGCUUCCCAGAAAAUAAAAAACUGAAUAAGCACAUGAAAAUUCAUAGUAAAGAGAAACCUCAUCAAUGUCAGAUGUGUGGAAAGGCCUUUGCUCUGCCCUCAGGCCUUACUUCGCAUAUCAAAAUUCACAGUGGAGAGAAACCUUAUCAGUGUGAGACUUGUGGGAAAGCGUACACUGCACGUUCGAGCCUUUCUAAACAUAUGAAAGUGCAUACCGGAGUGAAAUCUUGUGUAUGUAAAGAAUGUGGGAAGGCCUUCUUUUUCCCUUUCGACCUUAGAAAACAUUAUAAAAUUCAUAAAGGAUGACAUGAUCCCCUAAUAAUAAUCUGCAAUGUCAGAACAGGCCUCUGUAGAAGUUUCCUGUAGACAAGGGGCGUAGGGGUGCCACAAGAGUCGUCCAAGAAGUAAAUUAUCCUGGUAGAAUGUAACAGGCUUCCUGUGAUGUCAGAUCUAUAAGAGACAGAUACUUGCCUAUUAUCACCUGGACCCCAGGUGUGCCCUUGUGAACUUCACUUGUAUGUUGACUUGUAAAUGUGGGUCUUGGUGAUGGAAACCAGAAGGAAGGUGACUGAAGAACUAAUAAACAUAAUAAAAC